GCACAGCGCCAUGCCGACUCCCGAGUCUGAGGCCUUCCUGGCCAAGAAGCCCAAGGUCCCGCCUACCUUUGACGGAGUCGACUACGACGACACAAAGCGCCUGAAGCAGGCCCAGGACGCAAUCAUCCGCGAACAAUGGGUUCAGGUCAUGAUGGGGAGGCUGGUUCGGGAGGAGUUGAGCAAAUGCUAUUACCGGGAAGGCGUCAAUCACUUGGAGAAAUGCGGUCGGCUCAGAGGUCAGUCCAUUCUCGCAGCGCAGAAGGGAGGCUCUGUGUCAUGAACAACCAGGCACCUUGGCCGGACACAGAAGACAUUUGCUAGGGGUGCCGAGCGAGUUUGGUGCUGACGAAGCGCAGAACGAUAUCUUGAAUUGCUCAAGAACGCCAAGGUCAAGGGCUACCUCUUUGAGCAGCAGAAUUACUUCUCCAAGGAAGGCGCACAACAAUGAACUGAUGUGGACUUGGGGU